AUGGUUCCUGAUGAGAAGUCACGAGAGAAGCUGAUUCCUCAAUUAUCAUUAUUUAAACGCAAGAAAGGAUUAUUUGCAUCACAGACUAAUCUCAAUUCAAUUUCCACAUUAGAGCCAGAGAAAGAAAAUCAUGUUUUGUCGAAGAACACAAAUUGGUUGAGAAGGAUAGGGGAUCAAAAUCAUGACUCUUCGGAUGAUGAAGAAGGUGAUGAGAAUGACAUUGAUUUCAUUGCAUCUCAUAUAGUGGUAGCUGAAAAUGAUGAAGAAGCUCCAAGCAGUUCCCAUAGAAGGAGAAAACGAGUCUGUCAAAAUGGUAGGUUUCAAUUGAUUGAUGAAGAUGACACUGAAACAGAUGGGGAUGACAUUGUUAUAGAGAAUUUAGAUGUAGAGAAUGAAGAUGAUGCUCAAGUAAGGAUUGAUGACAAUUCUGAAUUUAUGGAGCAAAGUGGACAUGGUAAUUUGAGAGAUGAUGGCAGUGGAGAUGGAUCAAAUGAUGAGAGUUUUGAUGAUUUAUUAGGAAUUUAA